AUGAGUGAUGUUAUUGAUGAUGCUACAAAUAAUGAUAUCAAUGUGAAUAAGGAUUGUUAUAAAAAAUUAAUAAAGUCUACCACAUUUGUUAAUGAGAAAAAGACUUUUGAGUGUUCUUCGAUUAUAGGAACAGUUAACGAUAUUAAAAUCAGUGACGAAAGUAUUGAAAUAUUUAUGGAUCAUCCAAAUUUAUCUGAUCAUAUAAAAAGUGUUAUGGGGCACAUGAAUGACCAUUUUACGAAAAAAAUUAAUGAAAAUAAAUUGGAAAAAACUAUAUCUCCUUAG